AUGCUCGCCGUGUUCAUAGCAGCGGGUCAGCCUAUCAGCAACGGCUCGACAGCUGCCAAGCCCGAACUGGAGCCGAACGCAGACGACUUUGACGCAGAGAUCACUAGCCAUACUCAAGCUGUGAACGCCAGGUCCAUCGCCAUCACAAUCAACUCAAGCAGCAACAGCGGCGACGGCAUUUUUAGAUCCAAUCAACGCCACAGCGAGUCAUCAAGCGCCGCGGCUCAACUUCAAUAUUACAAUAACGAGACCGCCCUGCCUCGUCGCAGCCGACAGCUCCUCGCAAAGGACUACAAGAUUAGCCAUAAGGAGAAGCCUGGCGAGAACACUUUCCUAUAUAUUGGAUCAGGGUGUUUCUUCUUUGCAGGCUUGCCACUCUAUCUCCGGAGCAUCACCCCUUCCGUCCCAGCUUCGACUCCACCCCGCCGGGCCCCUAAGAACGAUCAGGAGGAGAAGAAGCCGACGCGAAAGCGCAAACGGUCGUCCGGCGUCUCUGGGUUUACAGACCCGGAUUUCAAACCAACUGCUCGGGGAAACUGGGUCUACCCGGCCAUCUCCGACUACAUCCCUAAGCAGGCCCAAAUCGACGCCUUGACCAAGGCAGUCGCUGUUUUCAACAACGACAAGUCAGAGGCCUUUAUGUCCGACUGGGACAAAGUUCGAGUCAUGAAGGCUCUUCAUGCGAGGCCGACCGUGUCGCAGCGACGUGGGGACCUGUCCUUCUAUGGACAGUGUCGACGAUUCCGCGACGCUGUCAAGGCCGGUCAAGAGCCGGUGUUUCUCGACGCCGUCACAGCGACAUUAUCUACAACCUGGCCCCCCGGCCGCGUGGGGAACCGGCACCCACAAGUGGACCGAAGCAAUCCAAUUCUUCAUGUCGCACGCUUCCGACGACGCUCGACACAAAGCAAAAAUCGACACGCUGCGGAGGAGUCCAAGGCUCAGGAAAUUCCGGAGACUCCGGAGGCUCCGAAGGUCAAGGUACCUAAGGUUACUCUUGCGCUGGGUUCCGGCCAUGGUGGUGGCCGAUAUUCCGCCCCAAGUCGAGGUUCAACCGCCGAUGGCACCAGCUACCGUCGAAGAAAUCCAACAACACACCCCGCAAGGGGUACCAAUGGUUUUGAGUGCAAAAUUCCCUCUCUGUCAUUGUCGCUGUCUGUAUCCCCCCUUUUCCAUGAUGCAUCGUCAGAGAAGUACGACAACAUGACAUCCAGCGAAGAGAACGCCAAAUGCAUCGAGGAGCUACGUGACCUGGUCGACGGUUACGCCUGGUGUGUUCUGGAGACGGAUGCACCGGACUGGUACAUGUGUCCCAUCUACAAGACGAUUCUCGGCAAGAAGAUGCAUUCCAAGCGGCUUGCGCAACAACACCCCUCGAUUUCGCACCCAAUCUCCUCGGAACCUUAUGAUGAGAGUUGA